AUGCUACCAGGCAAGCAAUCUUACCCUCUGAGGCAUGCUACCAUAUUCACUCUACAACUAGUCACUCACAUUGGAGUUGCAGUGACACUGCGGCCUGCCAUUCUGGUCAUCCCAUGUCUGUUGCUCAUAAAGUGUCGCCUGAAACUUUAUCGAACCAAGUUGAUAUCCCACACUUACUGUGAACACAUGGCCCUCAUGAAGCUUGCUGCUGAAGACGUUUACAUUAAUAAAUUCUAUGGUCUCCUUGGGGCUUUUAUUGUUGGUGGCCUGGACUUCAUGUUGAUUGCCCUCUCCUAUGUACAAAUAUUUAUCACUGUCUUCCACCUGCCUCAGAAAGAGGCACGUCUUAAAGCAUUUAAUACAUGUAUUCCCCACAUAUGUGUCUUCUUCCAGUUCUAUCUCCUUGCUUUUUUUUCCUUUUUCACUCACAGGUCUGGAUCUUAUAUUCCGUCAUAUAUACAUAUCACCCUGUCCAACCUUUACCUACUGGUUCCACCUUUCUUCAAUCCUCUUGUCUAUGGGGUGAAGACCAAACACAUCCGAGAGAAGGUAGUAAAAAUGUUCCAUUAUAAAGACCAGGUUUGA